GUACUAUUACUAGCGUUUGCUGCCCAUCAGAAGUGCGUCUAUGCAUGUGGAGGGUGUGGACCUAGUAAGUUUUAUUAACCAAUGUCUUUAUAUUUCAUGUACUUAUUUGAUUGAACUUAGCAGAUCGGAGGAUGGUUCUCAUCUCUGUGACGGGAGAAGCGGUUUUUUUACGGUCUUCAUGGUAUAUUUCAUGACGCGGAAAAAAUGUUAUUACCAGAAUAGGGGCAGUGCCUUGACUAAUAAGCAAGUACAAUAUCCAAUGUGCUCAACUAGACCAACUAAUUUUCCAAUUCUACGCAGAUUCAGCAUUCAAACCUCAUUUAGCGUUGGAUAAUACUUUGCAAUUGCUUCACCACAUAACCAGCUAAGGUGAAUUUGGUUGCGGAGUGAUGAGCAUUUAGCUGAAAUACAAAUAUCUGAUCAUCACAAAUGCAACCUUUUUGCGGCUGUCAGUGAGAUGGAUUAAUAAUAAAAGAAAGGGCAACAGUCCACAGAGCGAGUAAUUUAGGUUGGGAAACAGUGUAACAACAACAAGACGCUGUAUCUAUGUUUACAUUCAUAUCGAUCACUUAAUAAUAUAGUCCAUUUCAAAUGGUCUUAUCUCCAUUACUCACAGGACGUCCAUCCUUUACCUUUAGUUUGAUUAUGAAUCUAUCAAUCGAUUUUUUCCACUAUUGUUUUCGAUUGUUGUUGAUUGUUUUUUAAGGCCCAAGGAACGGUAAGUGGGGCUCGUGGGGAUCUUGGAGUUCGUGUAGAAGUGGAUCUAAGACCAGGUAUCGCUAUUGUAACAAUCCAUCGCCAGCUAAUGGUGGCAGAGGAUGUUCGGGAAGCAGCCAGGAAAGCACGUCUUGCUAUUAUAAUCCAUGUAGUUCGGCAGGAUGCCAACACAUUUGUAUUUCAAGUGGGGGUGUAACCAGCUGCAGGUGUUCCUCUGGCUAUAUCACUUCACCAUAUGAUUCAAGGAAAUGUGUUCGUAAGUAGAAUGUCUUCGUGUAUUUUUUUUAAAGUGAAAUUUCGAGACCCUGCAUGGAGCCGAUGUGUAUCUCAUGGAGGAUUGGCUCAACCUUUUGCAUACGUUUAUUGUUUUAUUUCCGGACAUGUUUGCUUUUUUGUUCGACCGAGUGAACCUCAAAUUUCGGUGGCACCAGAGAGAAUUUUUACUGACUCUACUGCAAGCUAAAUUUCCAAAUACUUAGAGAAGAACCGAGCCGAACGGAAGGAAUGUCUAAUGUAUCACCGCAAUCAAAAAAUGAAAUUGAGAGAUAAACAAUGAGAUAAAAAAAAAAAUUUAAAAAUUUAUAUAUAUAUAUAUUCUAAUAAGACAAGUACUGUAAAUUUCAAUCUCUUAAGUAGCUUAAACCUCCUUCUUAACUUUACCAAGUUGUAGAGAUUUUAUUCUUAUGACUUUUGAUGGAAAUGGCACUUUCCCUGAUCAUGAUUAAAGCUUUCAAAUAAUGUUUCGAAAAGGUUUAAUCAUUUAAAAAUCCUGCAUAUUGUUAUGUUCUAGAACAAUAGGAAAAAUUUUAGCUGCGUUUCGAAAGAAAUCUUGGAUUACAUUAGUCAUAAAAAUUUACUUUAUCCUAAUACUUAACAGAAACCAAAAUUGAUUUUGUCACUCGCAUCCUCUCAAACUUUAGACAUUUUGCCUACAUAUUUUAGAUAUAUACUACUACUUUGUUCUUAGUAGCUGUUGAGAGCACUUUGGUUUAAUUUUACGACAUUCAAUCGAAGUGUGUUCUUUGUCCUCAACACUUGAUAAUUUAUAUUUCAGUAUCUAGAGAACGUGCCUGAGCAUGGCAUUCAAAGCUUUUCUUAGUUAACGUUUAUCCAUUUUAGGAAACAGUUGUCAGCGUUUGACGGCUCCAACAAACGGUGAGAUUUGGCCUCCGCGAUGCUUAACUUCACCUACCCAUGGUGACAGCUGUUUCUACAAAUGCAAACAAGGCUACGAGGGUUUUGGAGUUAGCACGAAAAGCUGCAAUCGUGGAAAUUGGGAUUCCUCGGCUUCUUUUCGUUGUCAAGGUAGGAGUAAGGAUCAUUGCAUGUCACAGAAUUGUUGCUUGCAGAAAGACAAUCCUGGCCAUAUACAUAAGAUACUGUCAAACAACAAAUAGGCAAAAACAUUUGAAAAAGUAGUAAGGAAAGAAUGGAUGACGAAAAUUUAUUCGAAUCGCUCAGUAGAAACGCAAAAUUUGGAAUGAGUAAAUUAAGGUACGUGAACGAUGGAUAUUUUGUGGCUUUAUGAACAAGAAAACGAAGAAAAAAGAAACUAAAAAAUCAAACCAAAAAAAAAAAAAAAAAAAAAAACGAAGAUUACAAACAGAAGAAAAAACAAAAAAAAACAAAAACAACUCAAAGCAAAAAAAAAGAUAAAAAUUAAAAAAAAAACAGCAGCAAAACAAAGCAGAAAAAAAUAGAUAAAUAAUUGAAAUGGAAAUUUCAAGGGAAAUAAAUGUAUAUAAUAAAUAUUUAGUGAUGUAUCUGCCUUUACGAACUCUUUUACAUACUAUCUGCCCUGCUUUUAUUUAUGCGGUUGUUUCUAAAUGGUCCCUUAGUGUAAGGGAUGACCAGAUUCGAUAAAUUAAGGACUAUUCUUACUUGCAUCGACGUGAUGCUAACUCUAAGGAUAAACUGUGGCAUAAAGACGUUGAAGGAAAGUUCGCAAAGUUCUGCAGGCAAUUGUCUAAAUGCACAGAAGUGAUCUCAAUCUGUGUUUCAUCUCAGUACAAGUAUCGCUAUUUUCUUGCAUUAUUGUUGAUGCCCUUGAUGUGUUUUUACAUCCAAAGUUUAAGUGUUUGCCAUGAAAUUAUUUUCUCCUUUUUAGUAAAAGAAUGUCCACCCUUGAAUAAGCCAGAUAGGGGAGAUGUAGUACCACAGGAGUGCCAGGUAAAGCCCUUACAUGGCCAAAAGUGUUCUUACGAAUGCUACCCAGGCUAUCAGGCCGUUGGAGCAAAUGAGGUCACGUGCGAUGACGGACGCUGGACUGGAUCGAUCGUACACUGCAAAGGUGCUUAGAAAAUGCAUUCUUGUUGGUAAUUUCUGUUUCGGUUUUAGACGUCUCACUUUACCUAUAUAAUCUGGUUUUCUCAACUGAGUUGGUAAUGAUAAUUGGUCACCAUAAGAAAGCAAAAGUUUCGAGCGUUAGCCCUUCGUCAGAGCAAAUGACGAAACGUCUGUUUUAUAAACUCUUUAUGGUGGCCAAUUUGCAUUAUUGACUGAGUUGAUAAUACCAAAUUAUUUCGUUGUACUUCUACUGAUGUAGCACUGCAGUUUCUUGAUAAACUUACCUCUCAAUUCAUUAUAUGAAUAGUUAGUUUGAGGUAAUCAUCGUUUACUGGUUGCAUCAUAUCAUAAUGACCGACUUAACUAUUUUUUCCGAAGAAAAAACAAGCAAACAAACAAACAAUACAUUGGACAAAAUAUGUGGAAACGCUACAUUUACCAGUUCCACUCUAAUGGGAAACUAUCACAACAUUAUAUAAACGUGCAGGCUUCAGGGAACGAAUUUUAUAAAUAUUAUGAAAUCGAGGUUGAGUUGUACAGCGUCUUUAAAUCAUACAGUCAAGGUGGAAUAAACGCAGUAGGCCUGUGUUCUGUAGUCAAUCACGUACAAAGAAAUUUGCGUUCCUAGAUUCUUACUGCAGCACCUAAAACCUCUGAUUAAUCAUCAGGCUCUUAACUCAUGUUAUAUUUUGAUUUUUAGAUAAACUAAAAUCUCCAUGGUUAAAGAAUCAGAACUGAAUAUUUCUUGUUUUAUCCUGAUUUUAGAUAUCCAAGCACCUUCUUUUAAUGAAACCUGUCCAUCUGAUCUCAGUGUCUUAGCCGAUGAAGGAAAAACGUCAGCCACAGUAAGCUGGGGGCCAGUCAUAGCCACUGAUAACGAUCGAGCUUUUGUCACUGUGACUCCGAACGUCACAUCUCCAUAUGUGUUUUAUGAAGGAGGUCAUACUUUGACCUAUACGGCAACAGAUCCAUCAGGAAAUACAAGAUUUUGUCACUUUAGAGUUACUGUGCUCGGUUAGUAACUAUCCUGUAGCUUUUGUAUUUAUUUACUUAUUUCUUUUUUUGAAAUCCAGAUCAAACAUUUCAUUCGUCUUGUAUUCUUUAAAAAUAAGGGUAAAAUUAUCCCACGUGAAAUAAUAUUAACAUGGAUGUGAUAAAACUCCAGUGCUUAGAUGCGCUGUUCUCUUCCCGCCUGCUAAUGGAAAGCUUGAGAAUGAAGCUUGUGGAAAUGUGCAUGGAAGAGUUUGCCGCUUCAGUUGUAACAAGGGGUAUGAGCUGAGGGGAUCAAUUGAAAGGAAAUGUGAGAAGAAAGCAGAUCUAAAUGCAGUAUACUGGACUGGAAACACAACUUACUGUGAAGGUACACAUGCCAGCUCUUCCUUAAAACUGUCUGGAUGCAACUGUGCGUACAGCAUGAUUUUGGUCCAUUCAUCAACAAACUCUUAAUGCAUAUACUAUUUAAGUCAGGUUUUCUUGUUCUUAUGUGUGGAAAUUAAAUCAUUGGAAACGAGUCCAAAUACCUCUUGUAGCAUAUACAUUAAACUGCUUUAUGCCAGAAAUUUUUGAGUCACUUGCUGUUUAUUAGGUUAAUCCAUGCCCCCGUUGCGUUUUCUAUCGUUAUUUAUGUGAUAAUAUUUGAUUUUAUUUUGUGGCUGUCUUGUUUCAGCCAUUCGCUGUCCUACUCUAAAUACUUCUGAGAAUGCAAUACAAAUAGGGUAUGGCUGUACUGGUCCAAGUUCUGUCUAUGAUGCGUCAUGCUUUUUCCAUUGCAAAUUGGGAUACGAGGCUGUUAGAGGAUCAUCAAGACGAACUUGUCUGAAGAACACAGAGUGGAGUGGAACUCAACUUGAGUGUCAGGGUACUCAAGAAAUUGUUUUCUGAAUUCAUAAAAUUAAAUUUACAUCCAAACCGCUUUCGCUUGUUUGAAAUGACAAUAUUUCACACACAAAACUACUUCAGGGCUUUUAUUUAUCGGUUAAAGCAGUAUGAAAGAUGAAAUUGCAAUAAGCAAGGGGUGUAUGGUUGUUUGUUUGCAUGUUUGUUUGUUUUGUUGUUGUUGUUUUAAUCGGUACCAAUAAUGAGUUAAAAUCUAAUUUCUCCUCUGUAACUAUACCAUUGAACUAUUCAUAGCCAAAAAUGCACAAUUUUGCCGAAUACAUAAGCAUGGGCAACUGACGGUGUGUAAAUAAUUAAUUUGGUCAGUGAGAUAUAAAUACUGUCGUUUUAAAGUCUUCUUUAUUUGUGGGGUAUAAUCUUUUUGUAUCGUCAUAACCUCACUUUCUUUUACCGUUCUGUUCAAUAAUAGCUAUUGCCUGUCCCCAUUUUGCUGUUAAGUCUGAGGGAUUAGAUACCAGCCCGGUAUUCUGCACCAAUUCAAGUGCUGCCAUACAGUACCUUCAGGAGUGUCGGUUCGCCUGUAAAGAUGGAUAUCAACAGUAUGGGCCAGGAAUAAAGACAUGCGGCCAGUCCAAGACCUGGUUUCCAUUAGGGAAUCCAUCGUGCCGAGGUUAGAAUUGGUGUUAAAUGUCACGUUUGCCGUGAAAGGUUGAGUACCUAAAGUCGGCCAUGCUUUUUGAGAGAUGUUAGGAUGUUAUAUACAAAAGUAAAUGAAAUUUAAUUUAAUUUUAGUUGCAUUUAGCCUUCUAAGGUAGCAUUUUGUUAAUGCUUAUCUCAUGUUUACUGAUUCCAAGAAUGAAGUCAGGCGAGGAGGAAGUCUCGGGUUGAUAGAGUUCUUUAGUUACUGUUGGGAAUUACCUGACAUACCGAUUACUUUAAUUGAAAGUUAUAAUGUGAUUCUUACGCAGACAUCAGAGGACCAGAGUUUUUCAACUGUCCAUCAAAUAUUGAGACAUAUGCUGACAGAGGUGCUACGUCUACCCAAGUCACAUGGUCUCCUCCAACAGCUACAGACAAUUCAGGCUUCAUACCUAACAUCACUCACUUCGGAAAGCAACCUGGCGAUUUAUUUUCCUCUGGAGAACACAUAAUCCGGUACUUGGCCUCUGAUAAAUCAGGGAACGUGGCUGAGUGCAGAUUCAGGGUCUUCGUUUCAGGUAUAGAACAUUUGUAAGUUAGCAUAUACUAAAUCAAUCGAUGACGUUGCAGGUCCACUCUGAUGGGCUUCUCAAACUCCGAAUAUCCUAUGCUAUUCACCUCCGAUCUAAGCUCAGGAAACAUGUGCGCGGAAAUAUUGUGAUCGUUGCAGGAAUAAAUUGGUUGAAAUACUUUUUUUUGAGCCAUAUUGUCUAUUGUCUAACUGGUUAAGAAUAAGCUAAAACAACUAUUCAUCUCAGUUUCGAUGGCUAGCGGUGGAUAAUUACGUCGACGUUGCGCGGCUCGGUAAAUAUCCCCCAACAGCCACCGACACUGAGGUGAAUAGUAGCUGUCAAUGAAUCGACUAGAGUAUACUUUGCAAAGGCCCCUCAAACAUGUGGUUUUGCCAGGAAAAGUAAAUUAGCUUGUUAUUCACGGAAUAGUUGAGCUCACAUAUUGUUGUUUUAUGGACUCAAAAAGUUUCAUAUAAAAGUUGUUGUUCUUUCAUUUUUACCAUAGUGCGCGAUACUUUUCAAACUGUAAUCCAUGUUUGAUCCAUGUUUGUUUAUGUGAAAGUUAAUGAGUUGGAGAAUGUGGCCCAUUGGCUGCACAGGACGAAAUUGCAAGAAUCCGUAAACGGAAACGUGGCGGAAACAUGCAACUCCAUGUUUCCGUUAUGUUUACGUAAAAGUGGUCCGGUUCCGUUGUAUACGCAGCAACGGAAACGCGAGAAAACGUCACGAAACCGGUAACGGAAACACAGGUUAUCCGUCGUGUUUCCGGAACGGUUUAACAUGUUUCUGCCACGUUUCCGUUUACGGAUUCUUGCAAUUUCGUCCUGUGCUGCCAUAUUAGCCCAUUAUUGCGAUGUGGGUGGGUUUAAGCCCAUUGCUACUGUAAUUGUGUGAUGAAAUCUUGAGAAAAACUCUCAAUUUACUCCUAGGCUUUGUCUCUUCAGCCAGACUAUCGAUAGCUUGUCAUAGGAAUAAUCAAACUAGAUAGUUUCUUGCGUCUCAUUCAGUAUAAGAAGUCAUAGUUCUUUCCCUUUUAUGCUAUAUCUGGAUUAGCAUUACUGGUUGAUGGGUGAGUAGACUUAGCAUUUAUUAUUUUUAUAUGUAAAAUUAAUCAAGUCAGCAUGUAACACACCUGUUUUUAAUAUUCCGUUGUAGUCAUUCGCUGUGUGCCUAGACUAUACGCCCCGGCCGGAGGUACCUUACAAUGCACCAAAGACAAUCAGUAUGGAUCUGAAUGUUCCAUCAAUUGUCAUACUGGACGCACGUUAACAGGUUCUGCUCUCAGAGUUUGUGAAAAAGAUCCAGAAUCCUCCAUAGGCUUUUGGAAAGGAAACGAGACGAGCUGUGAAUGUACGUAAAAUUAAUUUUGAAACUUAAGCAAAGAAUAUGGGAAAGUGAGUAUUUGUCAAAAUAACGUUUUUAUAAUCUAUAUAUACAGAAACAAUCAUCAGUGAUGUCUGCGAAUGUGAAAAUGAUAAUUUUUCUGGAUCAUGCAGAGUAAGAUCCUUCUUAUUUUACUUUGGAGUGUCCCAAUUUCACAGUCUGAUGGUUACUGAUACAGAGAGUGAUACAAAGAUAAAAUAAUGCGAUGAAAAUCUGGUAAUUUGACUUAAAAUAUCUCGGAGAGUCAAGUCAUUAUUUGUUUACAAUGCUCUAUUGGUGUCCAUUUGGUACCAUAGCACAAAACCAAUUCUUUCAAUGUUGUCCUAAAGCUGCAUGUAACACACCUGUUUUUAAUAUUCCGUUGUAGUCAUUCGUCAUUCAUUGCUCCCUUGUUUCGCUAGGUAUAAUUUUCUUGGAUGGGGCGUUGCAUUUUUGUUGCUCGUUGGUACACGUUGGUUUCAUGGAAUUUCAAAGUUAUUAAUUCUGCUCCUGUUUAGAACGUGCGAUGUUUCUUUCCUUCACUCUUGAUUACUGUUUCUAAUUUUUAUAUCGGUCUUUUUUCUAUAAACUUGCGUAUUAGUGGCCCAAUGUCCACGUCUCGUCCCUCCACCACACAGUCUACAGUCUGGAUGCGGAGCUGGCUCUAUUAAUAACUUAUUUGGAGAUAAAUGUCUUUUCUACUGUGACAUUGGAAAUCAGAUGAUAAAUGGAUCGAGCGAGAGAACAUGUCAAGCCAAUGGCACCUGGUCUGGAGAGGCGCUACAUUGUCAAGGUAAAGAACUAUGAGGAGCUGUCAUUUGAAAUCUAAUGGAAGUAUAUGUAUGACCCAGGAAGAUCCCCUUCCCCUUUCAGCGCGUAAAUUAAUCGAGAAAAUGUGUUUGGAUGAGGAGCCUCAUCAGGAUUAUCGAUUAAGACUCAAACAAAAUUGCAACAACAAUGAAAAAACGUGCCAUGUGAUGAAAUCACUGAUGGGUUUGAACCAAAAGAUAUUUGAUACAGAAAGUAAGAUCAAGUAUCAAAUAAGACUUAAGCCAUAAAAGGUCAACUGAAUCUAACCAAAUAUAUAUCUGAAAAGUGUAAUCUUGUACUUAAGUGGAGUGGCCUACCAACUCCGCAAGGAUACAUGGCUUGAAGCAAGAAUUAUUUCACUCCCCUUGAGAGGAAUUUUUGCUGAAAAUUCGUACUUUGGUAAUAUUUUAUAUUCUUGGGUCAAAAGAGGCACUAUAGGGGUGAAGCGUCUUGCCCAAGAAUCGAACACAAUGAUCUAGGCUACCGCGCAAAACUGAAGCUCCUAAUCGGCAAGCCGGCAUGUUUACCGUAAGGUCCUUUUGUCUCCUAUUGAUAGGUCAGAUUAAUUGGUAAUGCGCUACUUUUUAUCGUUGUAGUUGUCCAAUGUAGACCCUUGCAAGUUCCAGAAGAUGGUGAGGUGACUCCAACUUCUUGUAAGGCUGUCCCGAAAUAUGACACGACGUGUCAUUUCACUUGCCAGAAAGGGUACAGACUGAGUGGGUGGCCGGUAGUGUCUUGCCUUAGUAACGGAGAGUGGUCAAGGAAUACCACAACUCUUUGUAAAGGUUAGCUAUCAUUUCUUUGUUUGUUUAUUCGCUAACUGCUAAAUAAAUCAUGAAUGAAGAUUUUAGAUAUAUGAAAAUUCAUAUAUUUGUACUGCGGUGGAGGGAUGAAAUUAAGAGAUACUCGCAGCUAAGAACACUACUGAAACGAGUAGUUGUAAAUAGGACCUGAAAAAAAAUUCAAGCCCGUACGGGAUUUGAACCCAUGACCUCUGCGAUACCGGUGCAGGGCUCUACCAUAUAUCUAAAAUCUUCAUUCACUUGGAUGUUUAUUUGGACCCGAUUCAUUGACCAGCUCCCAGUUGGCUUGUUCGCUCAAUUGGUAGAGCGCUGCACCGGUAUCGCAGAGGUCAUGGGUUCAAAUCAUGAAUGUUCAAACAUUUUUUGUUUAUGAGCUCAAAAUGCUGUGCUUUGAUAGUGUAAAAGUGCGCUUGCCUGUUCUCUUAAGAACAACAAAACUGUCGAAACGAAUUCAUCUUAAAGAAAGGAGAAAAGAAAAUCUGAGUUAGCAAUAUAGUCUAGAAGUCGUGGGGAGAUCCGUUUAUGGGGUGAAGGUGAGUUUGGCUCUUAGGCCACACGUGUCUAAAUAGUAUCAAAAGGAAGGAUGACAACUUUUCAGCUCUAUAGAGGAAUAACCUUUUUAAUUUAUUAUUUUGGGUUUCUCUUAUCCUUCCAGAUGUUGAUAGCCCUUCCUUUGGUUUGACCUGCCCCAGAGAUAUCAGGAAGUACGCGGACUGGGGAAGAAAUUAUACCACCAUAACCUGGCCUCCUGUUAUCGCCAGUGACAACUCCGGUGAAGAACCAAAUGUAACAUCCAUCGGAGUGGCCAGUAUAUAUUACAUAGGGAAGCAUCAGGUUUUUUACAACGCCACUGAUCAAGCAGGAAAUUACAAGAUCUGCACAUUUUAUAUAACUGUCGAGGGUGAGAAAAUGGCUAGUUAUCUUAACGUAGACGACGGUGGCAACUUUAUCUUAGGGGAUUUCUUAGCUCCUAAAGAUAAAAUACAUUACAUGAAAUUUAAAAAAAUUAACGUGUGGAGCUUACAGCUCUUAUUCAUUUACAUAUACAUGAAUUUAUCUGUAAAGCUAUUUCUUCUCACAUUUAUUUUAAGGCCUUUUCAGAACAUUAUAAACGGCAAAUCUGGAAUAAGGUUCAUAGGUUAAGAUAUUAAUCUACCUAAUUCAUAUUUUGGGCGAUGUGACAUCAAAUCCCGAUCCCCCUGGAUGUAUAUAAUCCUAAAGAUCAUUUGGUGAAAAACCAUACAAAUACAGUAAUCAAAUACAGGAGGAGAAACCAGAAACGUGAAUGAAUCAGUAAAACGAUUGCUUCCAUGGACUCUUUACAUCAGUUUACUACAUUAUUAAUGACUUGACAAUUUCUUCCCAGUUUUACGAUGCCAAACUUUGCUUCCUCCAUUACACGGCUUUUUCGUGGGAGACUGCGUUAGCACUUAUGGAUCCACAUGCAGAAUCAACUGCAAUGAUGGAUACCACUUAAUUGGAUCAGAGAAUGUCACGUGCCUGAACAAACCUGGACACAUCAUUGGGUACUGGGACAAACCUUCAGGAAUUUGUAGAGGCAAGUGUGUGAAGGACUAAUAAAUAAUGGAACAAAAGAAUAGUUCCAUUAACUUUCAAUUUUCCUUUUAAAAGUGAUGCAAAUAAAAAUUAUAUACUUAUGCGUAAAAUUACAAUGAAUGGUUUGUAAAUAUAUUUUUUUUGAUUGUUGUCAUUUUUUUAAGAAUUCUAUGUUCUUGUUAUCCUUAUCGGAUUUUAUGUUGACUUUCAUUGCCAAUUAAUGAAACAUGCUGAAAGUGCGUCAACAUUCUUGCUCACCUCCUUUUGAUAAAGACGAUGUGUAGUAGAUAUAGACUGCUGAGACAGGCUAACUAAAUUAUUUUGUUAUAUUUUUCUAGCACGAUCUUGUUCCUCCCUAAGUGCACCGCAACAUGGGUUUUUAUAUCCUCAUAUGUGCAAGUCAUUUCCUGUCAGCGGAACCACGUGCUUUUUUGAGUGCAAGCAUGGUUACCAAAGCAACGGAGGGGUCAAUUGGAUACAAUGCGGACUAGAUGGGAAAUGGAAUGGCACCCAAUCCUUUCUCUUAAAAUGUCUUGGUGAGUCAAUCUACUGUCAACUGCAUGUUAUUUCUGAGAGUUUUAAAAAGUCACACAUCAUACUGUAGUAAAGAAUAAACUUACAACAACCUCGUUUCAAGUAUUUCAUUAGAAAUGUCAAAAUACUUACUCGACCAAAAGUAACACUAUGUCUGCUGCGAGUUAAAAUAACACAUAGUUAAUCCAUUGGUAAUACAAUGACAGCAAUAAGUUUAAAUUGCUCACAGAAAUGGCAAAACAAUCAAGCAAGAAAACUUUUUUCUGCUUGACAUGUAAAAUUGAAAGAAGCAUAGCUAUUAGGGCCUUGAGACUGGAGGGCCUUGAGGUUUUCGAGCUAAACCCCUGUUCAUCUAAAGUCGGUUUAUAUUGAAAGAAAGAGCAAAGAAUAAAAGAAACCAGACUUAAUAGAUAAGUUUAUAUCGUUGUUUAAGACAGAUACCAUCAGACGAUUGAUCUAUCAAUUAAUCGAUCAAUCCAUUAAUCUAUCAAGUGUUCAAUAUUCAAUCGUUCGAUUCAGCAUUGCCAUAUUGUGGGCCUAACAUGUCAGCUCAAGCUGUAUUUGUGGAUAUUCGUUCGGAUCUAAACACUCAUUGACUUAUUUGGGUAGUCACUUUUACACUGAUAUAUAUCCACAGAUGUUACUUCGCCCAUAUUUCUGAGCUGUCCUUCGGACAUCCGUGUGAGUCUGAGUGUUAACUCUACUGUAUUGGUAAAUUGGACCGAGCCGGUUGCACGGGACAAUAGCAAUCUGCUGCCAAAUAUAACAGUUGACCCAUCAGGACUUCGCCCACCUUACAGAUUUAAUGAAACCACUCUUGUUGUCUACACUGCAAUGGAUGGAAGUGGGAACAAGCAACAAUGCUCUUUCAAAGUCAUAUUAGAAGGUAACUGUCAAACUGAUGAAUGCACUAGUUACCAUCCUUGAGGUCUCGGUGAAGGGAAAUUUUUUUUGCGUUUUAAGAAGAAAUUGAGGCCAUAAACAAACAGGUCUGGGAAAUGAUCAAGAGUUUAUGAUUUUUCAAAAGCCAAUUUUAAGCAUUUUUGCUUCGUUUUGAAUUUUUUCUUGCUUACUUAAGCAUUAGUAUAUUGUCAACUGCCUCUUCUCUAAGUCAAAGCUCGUUUGGAGCUAUGUCAUGAAUCGUACAAAUUUAUCUGCUGUACUUUCAAUUGCUUUUGUUUUGAAUAAUUAUAUUUUAUACUUCGUCCAUAUUCAUAAUCUUGAGUUAAACUAUAUUUGUCUCCUCGUGACAGAUGAAUUAAGUCCUGAAGUUGUUUAUUGUCCUGCGGAUCAAAGUAUCACCGCCACAGCGACGAAAACAAUGGUGACAUGGGACGAGCCACAGUUUCGAGACAACAGCAAUGAUCCACUGACCAUCAAAUGCAGUCACCGAAGCGGUACCGAGUUUUAUUGGGGAACCUGGAAUGUACACUGUACGGCGCAAGACAACAACCCGAAUAACGAACCAGCUCUCUGUCAGUUUACGUUAACUAUAAAACGUAAGGUGCAGUUCUCGAUAUUGCGACGAACCUUUGGUGAAAAUGAUUUUAAUGAUGAGUUGUCAAAAGAAUAUGGAUUUCCAUUAGUUAAGGAAUUCAAAAUAUUACGCCUUACAUUUCCAGCUUAUUGUAAAUUCACGAAAAGCUAGUCAAAGUAAAUAGAUGUUCGCUUGUGUGAUAGAAGUAGUAGUAGCAGUUGUAGUAGUGAUAUAGGCAAUAAAAGAAGUUGCAGUGUUGAUAGUAGUGGUAGUGGUAGUGGUAGCAGCAGCAGCAGCAGCAGCAGCAGCAGCCGUAGUAGUAGUGGUAGUAGUAGUAGUAGUAGUAGUAGUAGUAGUAGUAGUAGUAGUAGUAGUAGUAGUAGUAGUAGUAGUAGUAGUAGUAGUAGUAGUAGUAGUAGUACUAGUACUAGUAGUAGUGGUGAUGGUGGUGGUGGUGGUGGUAGGAGCAGCAGUAGUAGUAAAAACGUGCCUAACUCGAUCGAAUGAGAUCGCCUUCGACUACGUGGAAAAACUGCAGUUUUCAUCUUGUUGAUGAUACUAAUAACGUCCUCUAAAAUUUAACGAAUGAAACUUAUAUUUGUUGGAAAAUUAACCGUUUUGAGACUCUACCUUACGCCGUUUUAUUUUAAACAGCGAAAGAUUGUCCGGAUCUGAGUCCACCCAAGAACGGGGCCAAGGCUUGUGAUGACUGGAUGUUCGGAAGAAUGUGUUCGCCUUUUUGCAACGACCGAUGGGACUUUGCUCAAAAGCUUACGGCUAGUGUAUGGGCAUGCGGGGCCUCAGGUGUAUGGUUUCCCUUAGACCCCUGGCCGGAUUGUUCAGGUUAGAAAACAAGAUGAAUUUGCCGAGGUAGAAACUGGGGGUGCUAAGCUGAAGGCAGUAGCAAGGUCCAAAAAGCCUAGUAAGCAGCCAAGAAAACACUGGUCAUGAUUAGUUACCAUGAUCCGCUUGGUAUACGAGACUCUAAUCUCCAUUUGAUAUUUGACUUUUGCAGAAGUUUAUCGAGCUGGUUCUGCUCGAAUGGAAAUGCAUCUACAUUACUUCACUGGUGAUUGUAAUUCGCCAGAGGCUCGAGCCGAAAUAGCACUCAACUUCAUCCAGUUGCUUAACACAUCUGUUUUCAAAAACGUCUGCCAAGACCCGUCACUCAAAGAUAAAUGCAGAGCAGAAAAUGUUAAAGUCACGUGUGCUGAAGUCGAAUUUUCCAUCUUUCGAAGAAAACGAGACCUAUUUAUGUAUGCUGUGUUAGGGACAGGUCUGGUUUAUUUACGACUUCAUAUUUUUAUAAUGGGAUUGUUAUGACAUUGCAUUAUGUGCCAGCUACUUACAGCCAAUGAAAUUACCGUUUGGAAUAAACGUAUUAGCUAGGUUUUUUUUUUUUUGCAAACGGAAAUAUCACACCUCGUCUGCUGUUAUGGCCUUUUUUCUUGAAGAUGUGAAGUCACCUUUUGGGACUUAAACGUUAAAAGAAAUACAUUUCUAUCUCAAGAAGUAAAAAUUUGAAAAUAUGAGGGUCAUCUAUGAUACUAGCAGCAUAAACAAUACAGCUAGCCUGUGUAGAUUUUUAGACCACAAAUAAUUACAAGCAAGUCAUCAUGUUCAAAUGACCAAUGAAAGAAUCCAUACUUUGUGCAAAUACAGCAGAGUACUGUGCAUUACUUUAUAAGGGUGGUAAGCUUUUUGCCUCUUUCUUAACGUCUUUUCUUGCAUGUAUGUUUUAUCUUUGUAGUUAAUGGGGCUCAUCACAGAGAGCGACGAUCCGUUUCGCGCGCAACAAUUACUUCUGAUCUUGUUGGUAGGUUUUAACAUAUGUAAUUCGAAUUAUAUAAAUCUGAGGUCCAAAACCUGUAUAUGAUUACAUACAAGAUCCAAAACCUAUAUAUGUACUUUAUUUAUUCAUUUAUUCUAUCUUUUUCACGCGUAAGGCUUGACAUGCACACUAGUUUAAACCAAAGGUUUCAGUUUGCGUAUCUCGGAAACUGCGUAUUUGAAUUUUUUUUUAGCAGAUUUUGGUUCCCUUUUAUGUUUUUGUUAUAGGAGGAGAUUUUGACUCUUGGCCAUUUUUUAGGAAAAUAAAACUUUUGCCUCCUUUUGAAGUAUUUCUCGAGGGACCAGGCGUUAAGUGUUUUUUAUUUACCUCUGUUUUGCUUUUGUAAGUUUGUUCUUUUUUAACUAACUACUUCAACUAUUAACUUAUAGUAAACCUUGAUGGCAUUCAAGCAAACAGCACCAAAGAAGGCCAGAUUAUGGUGGGAGAGGAGGGCAUGAAAAUCGCCAAGAAUAUGAGCAGUGUGCUCAAAAGUGCAGUCAAUAACGACAGCCUAGUUCUCAGCAUCAAUGGCACUGAUAUCAAACCUGAUAAACAGUCGCUAAACAUCUCAGAGCCUAAAUGCGUUUGCAGCAGAGGACAAGUGUAUAAAGAUGGAUACUGUUGUAAGUCAGAGUCACUCCUUUCCAUUAAAAUUGUAUUAAAUUAAUAAUAAAGCAAAAUAUUAAGAUAAUGUUUAAGAUCAAAUCGGCAAAAAACCUCAGUUUAACGCGAAAGCCGACUUCAAGGAAUUAUACCAGUUUCGCUCUGUUAGUUCACUUGGUGUGGUGUCAUAUUUUACGAACACGUUCCCCAAUUUCAGUCGAAAGUGUAUUCGUCGCUCAUGUGAAUGAAAACUUCCUUUGGUAAACUUAUUUUCCAGUGAUCGUACCAACCACUCGCCAGGCGGGCUUUGAGAGACAGCUUUUAAGAGACAGAUCGUUUUUACACAUCAUCACCUGAUUGGGAAUGUCUCAUACAGUAAACCUCCUUUUAUCCAGAAACUGUGAGCUAACCAAAAGAUAUCGCAAUACAAGUUUGUGUUAUUUUUUCCUCUUCCCUUUCUGAAGCACUUUCUUUUCCUCAUUCGAUGCAUUUUUCGUCCACUUUGUUUGACCUGGAGCCAGCUUCCUACCCUGCAAAUCGCUACCCACAAAUUGAGGACUACUGCCCCUGAAAGUGUUUGAGAUAAACCUAGGUAAUCGAAUGAUUAAACAAUGAUUGAACUCGUUUCUUGAAAAAUAUUGUUAUUAGCGUGUGUCUGGCGGAACAGUCAUUUCUCUGUUCCUGGGUUCGGGUAGAAGUUGAAGCUCUGGCCAUUGACAAAUCACGAUAGUAUGCUCAGCCUACUCCAAUAUGUCCUAGCUAACUACAUAAAUUUUUAUUUAAUAGUGAACUGCUCGGUUGGAACAUACUUGAAUAAAACGACUGAAAAGUGUGAAGACUGUCCCAUUGGAACAUAUCAAGAGCAUGAGGGACAAGAACAGUGUUUCGCGUGUCCACCUAAAACUUCCACAGCAGAAUCCAGAACAGGAAACCGCUCCAACUGCCUAGGUAGCUAGUCAUAAUACUUCGGUAACCCCUCCAAAAAAAGCUUAAAAAACAUGCAAAAACAAAUGAAACAUACUAAAAAGAAUAAAAAAAACUAACUCAAGUCAAAAAAAAUAUAACCUAAAUGUUUGAAAAAACAGAAAACGUGGUCAAGCAUCAUUUGUGGUAGGAAACCGACGGAAGAGUUAAAGGUCCCACGAAGGCUAUUUUCACGCGUUAUGCGGAAUUGUAGGCAAUACGGUUACGCUACCUCAGUCCACUAUUUUUACUCUCUUAUUCAACCAUCUCCUGCAAAAAAUUAUACCAUCAAAUUUGUUCCAUUUGAGCUUGAUAUGUUUAUCUAUUUGUUUUGAAGCUCACUUGAUUUAAAGCCUUGUUCUUUUCACUUUGUUUGAAAGCUCUUUGCAAAGCUGGUUCCUUUUCGCCAACCGGAUUAGAACCUUGUAUAACCUGUGACAAAGGACUUUAUCAGGAAAUGGUAGGACAGCGGCAAUGCUUAAAAUGCAGUGUCAACGAAACAACCCCUGCCGAAGGAUCCAAAAACUCUACGCAAUGUGGAGGUAUUAAAAAAUCAAUUCUGUUUUUAAUGUAGAGAAGAGUUUCGUUAAUUGACUUAGUAUGUGACUUUAAAAUAGACAAAGACACUCCUUGGGUUGGUUUACUCAUUAGUGCCCCAUCAAAGAUAAAUUUUCAUUCUCCGAGUGACAGAUCAAGUUAUUUCAGUGGAAAUGAUGUACUUGUACCUACUUAAUAAAGAACUUAUCAAGUCUCUGUAAAGAAAGAUAUUCAACCAUACAACUAGAUUUAUUGCCGAAUACUGACGUCUAAAAACUAACGAAUAGCUGAAUGCCGUGUUGAUUGACGUGUUGGCCGUCUUACUAAUGUUUAACUUGUAUGAAGUUUAAUGCUCUACAAUAUUUUACUAAUUAAAAUUUCAGGAGUACAAUGCGGAAAAAAAGUAAAACCUUUCUUCUGACAAUAAAUUAUUUGGAACAUUCACUCUGUCUCUCCGUUGGUCAGUCUAUUCGUCUGUCUGUCUGUCUUUCUUUACAGUGAUAAUACUAGAUCAGUCUGUCCUUCAUUCUGCAGCUGUCUGUCGGUAUGUUUAUUGGGCUGUCAGUCUGUCAGCCUGUCGGUCUCUCUGUCAGUCUCUCUGUCGGUCCGUUUUCUGUUGGUCUGUAUGUCGAUCUGUCGGUAUCUCUGUCAAUCAGUAAAUAUUUCUGUUUGUCUGUGUGAAAUUUAUGAUGAUUAAAUAUGCUCGUUAAUAUCGUUUUGUAGUGUUUUUAUUCUCAUUUCCAUCAUUGCAUCCAUAGUUCCGUGCUCCCCUGGGUCAUUUUCUCCAACUGGAUUAGCUCCUUGCACCUCUUGUGACCGGCGUUCAUUCCAACCACUGAGUGAAAGCCGCACGUGUUUCUCAUGCCCUGGGACAACUGCAACCGUAAAUCCUGGUUCAAGAAAUGGCCAAGAUUGUAUAGGUUUGUUGAAAUUCAUCACUUAAAAUAGGAGCACAAUUUUCCUUUUGCCGAUUCAGAAUGCUUUUAAAAUGUCGCUUGAAAACACGAAUGCUCAACUUUACUCUUCUCGUAAUGUCCAGCUUGAAGAAAUGUAUUCCUUUAUCAUUCGAAAUAGCCUAAGCUGGGUAUAAGGAAAAAAGCAACUAUCUGAGUAUUUCAAUCGCGGUCGCCAUUAUCUAUAGCAAAGAGAGAUUCGACUAGAACUGUACAGCUCGCUCCAUACAAGCACAACGAGACACAGACAUGUUAAACUGAAUUGAAAUCCAGAUAUUUCAAACAAGAUUUCGGCCGUAAUCAGUAAUUACCUCUGGAAGUAAUUAAAUCAUAGUGCAUGUUAUAUAUUUAUCCUAGUAAGACAUUCCCUGCCAUAGAUUGUAAGGAUAAUGGCCGUCGAUCGUGGCUUAGUUCUUUUGCUGAGGUGAACAAAUUACCAUUGAAGUUAUUUUUGGUUAUAAAUUUAUUCUUUUCUUGUUUUGUUUUUAUUUUAUUUUUUUCGUUUUUGUUUUCAUUUUCAUUGGUUGUUUUAGAAAUCAAUGAGUGUGAUUCUAGCCCUUGCAAAAAUAAUUCCACCUGUACGGACCUUAUUGGUGACUUCUUGUGCACGUGUCAACCGGGUUACACUGGAAAAGAAUGUGACACCAACAUUGAUGAGUGUAAAGACCAACCUUGUUUCAACAAUGGCACGUGUCAUGACCUCGUUAACAACCACACUUGCUCCUGCGCACAAGGGUUCCAAGGAUUCUACUGCAACGAAGACAUCGAUGAGUGUACCUCGUCAUCUUGCCCCGAGAAUGCCACCUGUGAGAAUCUCCCAGGGAGAUACAAAUGCCAAUGUGAGCCUGGUUUCACUGGCAGUCUUUGUGAUAAGGACAUUGAUGAAUGUCUGACAUCUCCGUGUCAGAAUGGAGCCACGUGUACAGACCAAAUUAACUAUUACGAAUGCCUCUGUGCUUCAGGUUUCCAAGGGAAUGAUUGCGAAGAAAAUAUCAACGAUUGUGCAAACAAUUCUUGUCAAAACGGAGGCAUAUGUCGAGACGGAAUGGAUAGUUAUGAUUGUGUUUGUCCUGCAGGUUUCAAUGGGACGGGUUGUGAGUACAAUAUUGACGAAUGUGUGGGUGCAGACUGCCAAAACAACGCGACAUGUAUUGACGAGGUCAAUGGUUUCUUUUGUAUCUGCAACAAAGGUUUCUCCGGUGUUAGCUGUGAGAUUAACAUCGAUGAGUGUUUCUCCAACCCCUGUAAGAACCAGGCUACAUGUUUGGACGAGGUCAAUGGCUAUAACUGUAGGUGCCCCGAUGGUUUUGAUGGCUUACACUGCGAGAACAAUAUCGAUGAUUGCGCCACUUUUCCCUGCUCAAACAACGGAUCUUGCAAGGAUGGCGUGAACGGUUUUUCGUGCGCAUGUCCGCCAGGUUUCAGUGGUAAAAUUUGUAACAUGGACAUCGACUUCUGUGCCUCAAUGCCAUGCCUCAACAACGGCUCGUGUUUCGAUGGCAUCACAUCCUUCACCUGUGAAUGUGCUGACGGUUUCGAUGGAGAGCAGUGUCAGACUAAUAUGGACAAUUGCAUAAAUGCCACCUGCAUGAAUAAUAGCACCUGCAUAGAUGGCAUCGCUGAAUUCAGAUGUGCAUGCGCCGAAGGGUUUGCCGGUGCCAACUGUGAAAUAAACAUUGAUGAUUGUGAGCAGAAUCCGUGCUUGAAUGACGGAAUAUGUACUGACAUGACAGAUGACUACAGAUGCAACUGUGAGAGAGGAUAUACCGGGAAGAACUGCAGCAUCAACAUCGAUGAAUGUUCGAAUUCCCCAUGUUACAAUAAUGCUACUUGCGUCGACAAAGUGGACAAUUACACGUGUAUCUGUCUGAAUGGAUUUAGCGGACGGCACUGUGAAUUGGACAUUGAUGAUUGCCUUAUGAAUCCGUGCAGUAACAGGUCAACAUGCAAUGAUGGAUUAAACAGCUACACUUGCCAUUGUGAGCCUGGAUUCACUGGCGACUCUUGUGAUGUUGACAUUAAUGAAUGCUCAUCUUUCCCUUGCUAUUAUGGCGGAAAAUGUUAUGAUCAGGUAAACUAAAAAAGCUGCUUACACUCAACUAUGACUUCAAUCGUGUUUCCGAAAUGACUUCAAGUCAAAUAAAAUGAUAAAUUUAAAGAUCCAAGUGUCAGCCCAAAAUUUGAUGUGCAUUCAGAACUAAAAUUGGUUUACUCACAUCCCGUAUUAGGACAAGAUACAAUUGUAGUAUAGGUAGUCUGACUAAGUGCCAUGAAAGCGCGGCUCUAAGAAAUGUUUUGGGUACGUCACGCAAAAUAUCACACAUGAAGAAAAAAAAAGUCCUGUGUGCACGUAGUAAGUAUUUUUAGGCGGGAACUGACAUUGUCGUUACACCAAUGAAUCUGUCUUGUCAAUGAUAUGGUGUCCAAAAUGUAAACAGAUACAGCUGCAUGUUUACAUUUUGGACACCACAUCAUUGACAAGACAGAUUCAAUGGUGUAACGAAAAUGACUGCAUUGAAACGUCUUGGAAGAAACCAUAAAGUUCCCGCCUAAAAAUACUUCCAUUCGUACAAAGGACCUUUUUUUCUUCAUGUGUGACAUUUUUCGUGACAUACCCAAAACAUUUCUUAGAGCCUCGCUUUCAUGGCACUUAGUCAGACUACCUAUACUACUUACAAUUGUGACGAAACCUAUAGGGAAAUAUUAUAUAAGGCAAUAUAAACAAAUUAAACCGGCUUAUCUGUGUUUAUUUUCCUCCGCAGGUCAAUGGUUUCACUUGCGUUUGUCCCUCUGGGUUUAAAGGUAGUCGAUGCGAAGUCAAUAUCGACGACUGUGAAUCACAUGCCUGUGUAAAUGAUGGUAUCUGCUUAGAUCUAAUAGCCAACUACUCUUGUUUGUGUCCAGAUGGCUUCAGUGGUUCACACUGCGAGAAGGUCGUUGAUUAUUGCAGAGAAGCUAAUUGCACCGCAAAUGGAUAUUGUGUCAACUCUCGCACAGGAUAUUAUUGCAACUGUAGUGCUGGUUAUUAUGGAAAAUACUGCGAGUUUGAAACUGACGAGUGCUUGACGAGACCGUGCUUUAACAAUGCAACCUGUCAUGAUGCCAACAGCAAUUUCUCUUGUUCCUGUUUAGAUGGGUUCACAGGAAAGUAUUGCGAAGUUGACAUCAAUGACUGUGUAGAGAACACUUGUCUAAACAAUGCGACUUGCAUUGACGAAACCCCUGGAUAUUACUGUGUCUGCCCAGCUGGUUACAAUGGGACCUACUGUCAAACUGAGAUCAAUGAAUGCGAAUCGAAUCCAUGUUCUAACGAUGGCACUUGCACCGAUUUGACCCCAGGGUACAACUGCAAGUGUACUGAUCAAUUUUAUGGAGAAAACUGUGAAAAUCUAAUCGAUAUAUGUCAAUCAGCCCCAUGUCAACACGGAGGGACAUGCAAUGCUGACAAUUCAACAGGAAACUACACUUGUUCUUGUUUAAGCGGUUUUACCGGAUUUGCAUGCGAAGUGGACAUUGAUGACUGUGCCCCAGAUCGUUGCCCCGCGAACGCUUUUUGCAUCGAUCUAGUCAAUGACUUUAGAUGCGAAUGUUUUCCUUCGUACUUAGGAGAUCGCUGUGACAUCUGUAAGGAUUACGAUUUGUUUUCGUUUGAAGGAUAAAAUUAAUUUUGUGACUUGUGAACACACAAAUCUAUGUUAUGGAGGAUGAUGACGAAUUCCACCGUGAUAAACAUUCAGAUUAUCCAAUGUCAAAAACAAUUUCCCUUCUCUCGCUCGGAGAAAACUGAGGGAUGCACUUAUGGCUAAUAAGCUUUAUGCUUUGACAGGCAAACAAACGAAAACAUGAAAACAAGAAUCAAAUGAUUGAAACAAAACUAAAAAUGAUGGUUAUAAGAACCUUUCUCAUGUUUUACUACUAUUCUUUUUUAUUUUUAGUUCUUGGCAGUAACUUCGACCUCAUAUUCAAACGACAGUCAUCAAAGGACAUGGUUCUUUUACCAGAUGGCCAAAAUAUCCCAAGCAUGACAGGAUUCACGAUCGCCCAGUUCGUGCAAGCAGACUCAAAGUACAAAUCCGGAACAUUGUUCAGCUAUAGCGUUCCUGAGAAUCCAGAAGACAUAAUAAUCCUUUCCUUUACAGAGUCUCAAAUUAAAUUGGCAAUUAAGAACGAAGAAGUAAGGGCUGAUUUUAGGUUAGCAGAUGACAACUGGCAUUUUGUUGGAGUCAUCUGGGAUGGAGGUCUUGGAAGUGCGUCUGUAUAUAUCGAUGGAAUGGAAAUUGCGGAAGUAAGCAAUUUACAAGCCGAGAACAUUAUCAGAGGAGGCGGAUGGAUUGCACUCGGUCAACGGUAUCUUGCAGAACAAAAGAUCACAGCUCUUUCGUCAGCAUUUGUAGGAAGACUACAUCAAGUGAGCAUUUGGAAUGUUGCAGCGACGCGUGACCACAUGUGGAACGCCGCCCACGACUGCAGCUGGCCCAUUGCAGGAAGCCUAAGGGCAUGGAGUAGUUUUCUUCCAGGCAUCAAAGGACAAGUAGAAAAGAGAUUUAUGACGCAGUGUAAAGGUAUUAAGUAUCUUUCAAAUUCAAAUCAGAAAAGUAUUUUUUUACAGAUUUAUAUAGAUGGUAUACCUUUCCAAGAACUUAGAGAUGAUGAAUGCUCAGUGCAUUUAAAGAAAAAGGCAGAAGAAAACGCGACAAUAUACAAGUGCAACACAGGAUAACAUCUUGGUAGAGAAUCGCUUCACUAUGCUCGAUUUCUGUCUUGUGCCUCCCUCUCUCCCAAAUCCACUGUGACGUCGCUGAGACGUCAAAGGUCUGGGUAAUUUAGGAAUACAAUCAGUUCCGCUCCAUGACUGAUCGCGUAGCUUUAACCCUCCACGCCCUAAAAUCAGUAUGCGUAUUCUUCAUUCUGCUCUUUGUACAUUUCCUAAGGUCCCAUCAAAAGCUUCUUUCAUUCGUGAUCAUUUCCUUUCUUAUCAUGAGCUUAACGUGUGAUUCAAGGAUGAUAUUGUAGGGAGAAAUUCGAUGCUAGCCACUCUUACGGUUUAAAGGGUUAACCACGACUUUAACAAGGUGUACACAUGAAUCCUGUCAACCUCAGGUCCCCUCUUCUAUUUAAGAUCUUACUGAUUUAGACUAGAUAAUAUAACGACAAAUUACUUUUAGUAAACUCUUCUCUUUCAAAUGAAUAAGGAGAGUGAAAUUGUGCUAUGCUCCUUUGCCCACAGCUUUGAAAAUGUGCACAACUAACUGCUCACACUUCCUACACUGCGAGUCUCGCGAUGGAUUUUACUACUGUAGCUGCCAAGCUGGAUUCACUGGAGCUCAUUGCAAUAUAAACAUCAACGACUGCAGCCCAAAUUCUUGUCUGAAUGGGAAGUGUGUCGAUGGAGUAAACCGUUUUGAAUGCUUCUGCAACGAGGGCUAUUAUGGAAAAAACUGCGAAAAGAAGAUCGUAAGUGAAGGAGGUGAGACUUUGCAAAAAUAAUGAUAAAGAGGCCUUAAAACUGGCCUACUUACUCCCAAGUCCCAGAUGUAGUACAAAACAGGGAAAGUGAGACUUUUACACUUCCCUUUCCAUGGGGCCUUAGAUGUUUGAAGUUGUAAUGAUCUUCUGAUCUUCCUUACUUGACAAUGUGCAACUGUAAAAAUUCAUAGUAAUUUUAUAUGCAUUGAUAAGAUUGGGUUCAAUGGGAAAGGAAACUUUCGAUCUUUUCUUUACAGAAUGUCCAGAUUUUAAACAACCAAAGAAUGGCAAAGUCUCUUGCCAUAAGGUUUCUGGACAAAUGCUGUGCAUCCUCUCGUGCGAUGAGGGGUUCUCUUUCAGUGCAGAAGCAAUUACUCAAUAUUCUUGCGGGCCUGAAUCCGAGUGGAGGUGGAACGGCAUGGAGGAAGUGCAAGUCCCAACGUGCUUAAGUACGUAAACCAACCUUUCUCCUUUUUUUAAUUUUUAUUUUAUUAGAUUUCCUUCGUCCUCAACAGAAAGAAACAGUACCAAGAGAAUAUCAACUGUUAGUAUCCUCUUGCCUCUUCUAAAUCCAUCUAAAUCAAAAUUAUUCCUCAAUUCUCUAACGACAUUGUAUGUCGUACUGGUCAUCAAGAAAGAAGUUGUAAUUGAGUCAGCUGGAAGUAAUAGGACAACAUGUCUCCUUUAGCUUCAUAGCCUUUUCUUAUGUGAUUCUUGUUAUAGGAAAAGCACCACCAAUGGAAAUAAAGCACGAUUUCUCGAUAAAAUUCCCUGGAAUGCAGUGCAGCAGCAGCCAGAACCAUAAAGAAUUGCGCACUGCCAUCGAAAGUGAAAUAAGGGACACACUCCUCACAGUCCAAGGUUGCCAAUCAUGCCAAUUGCAAGAGGUCAAAGUCCCUGAGUGUGAAAUAUCAGCGAAUAGAAAGAGGAAAGCGGUAGAACAAGCCAUGGAAGUCAUCUUCUCACUGAUUGUCUCCAAAGCCACGGAUGCAUAUGAAAAUGACGUGGAAGAGAAAAACGAAGCGGUCUUGUUCCAAAUGACGAGUGCAGUGGCCACGGGACAGUUCGUGAUUAACUUAAAUGGAAUAAACAUUAGUGCAGAUAGAUCAUCGUUUCAAGUUCUUCGUUCCAGUGUAACUUGUAGAGCAGGUUUCCUCAUGAGUAGAGAUGGGAAAGGAUGUGGUAAGCGGUUUUAAUUUAGUACCAUGAAUUUGAUUGCUUCUCGGCCGACUCUUGCAAUAGGUAUUAAUCAAACUUAAAGUAUAGUAUUCUUGGAAUGUUAUUCUAUUGCUUUCAUCGUCUGUUUAAUAGGUUGAUGCCAUUUUUCUCUGUGACUGUUCCUAGAAAUCACAGUUAAUGACAAAGUAGUAAAUUACAGAGGAGGUAUGCGGGUCACUUCAAUGAGAGCGUUCGACUCAUCCAUGCACUGCAUCUCGGAUAAAGCCAACGGAAAACUGAAAUCUGGUUGUCGUUUGUUUUGUUGUGACGCCUGCUCUCUGGUGCAUCCUUUGUUUUAUAUCAGAAAUGUAGAAAUAAGCGUAUUUUAUAGACUAUCUUCACAGAAUCCUCAUUGCUUUCGUUCUGUUUUUUAUUUGUUUGUUUGUUUUUUUUUUCUAUAUUUGUGUAAAUAACGAAUCUAAACAACUAUAUUCCAUGCAACAGUGGCCUGUCUCGUGGGUACCUUCCACGAUCAAGGCAGUUCCAGAUGUAGACCGUGUGCUCAAGGUAGCUACCAGGACAAGGAAGGACAGUCUGUAUGUACAGUAUGUGGAGAAGGAAAAUCAACGUCAAUCACUGGGGCAACUUCGAGCAACGAUUGUUCUUAUGGUAAUGUAAAGAAUAUUAGAUUGUGCAAGCUCAAAGAUCUUGUUGAAGUAGUCUGCCAAAUUCGUUUUUUCUGCGCUGUGAAACAUAAUUUACUCCAAGAAGCUGGUUAGCUGACAUCCAUUGCGUCUCGCCGAUGAGGUUACUCCAAAACAAUAUCAAAACCACUGACUAAAUGUGUGCAGUAAAGUUAGUAUUGUGUAAUGUGUGAAAUUCCAUCUGGGGUCUCUAUAUAUAUGAAGAAAAAAUCCUAUUUAUAAACUUCGUUUGUAUUGAAGCUCGGAUUUGCAAUGAAAAAUUUCAGUUAUCCUAUGUACAAAGUGCUGUAUUUUUGGAGCAGAAAUAACCCGACUUGUGUUAAGCGUAAAUUUUUAAUUUACACUGACAAAUCUGAGUUGUGGAGAGCUAUCUAAUAAUUUCCAAUUAUGCAAGUGAGAUUUUGCGAGAGUACUGUGAUGUUCAAGCCAGAACUUUGUUCUUCCAUACAUUAUGCAGCGAUCUUGACUAUUUUACUGUUCUUAUUCCUGAAAAACCAGAUGAAGAUAGUGUCAAUAUCCAUGUCAUAGCAACAGUAACCGCUUGUGUAACUGGUGUGAUAAUUCUUGGCGUCAUCAUUGCAUACAAAAGG